GAUCACGCUAGCAGUUGUUCGCACACAUCUGCAACCAGGCUACACUGGAGCUCAAAUCUUCUAACCGUGGAGAACAGUCAAAGGCAUGAUCUAAACUGACGAGAAGCAGUGACCAAUCCAUACAACGACAAGAAGGAACACGAUGGGGAAGAAGAAGUUCUCUGGCUUGGAGUGUUCCUUGAUAGUGUUGUUUGUGCUGGUGAGUGUGGUCGCUCUUGCCCUCAUCAUUCUACUGGCCACCGGUGAACCUGCGGUCAUUAAAGAUGAGGUCAUAGGGGGUGCUCCACAAUGUCCCAUCAUCCCGCUGGGUGAGAGGGUCGAUUGUUUCCCUGACGCUGGGGCCUCUAAGUUGAAAUGCCAAGAGAGAGGGUGCUGCUGGAGCCCACUGGACCAGACGAACGUUCCGUGGUGUUACUUCUCAACCAAUCAUGGAUACUCUGUUGUUGCUGAAGACACCCCUAACCCCUACAGACUGGAUGCCCGUCUGACCAGAAACCCUGCCCCCUCCCUGUUUGGUGCUGACAUCGAAGAGCUGUCCUUGCAUGCCGAAAUGCAGUCAAACAAGAGACUUCGAUUCAAGAUCACAGACUCUAAGAGGCAGAGGUUCGAGGUGCCCCAUGAGCAUGUCAACAUCCCCAACCAGCAGCCGUCUGAUGCCCUUAGCAACACCCUGGAGCUGGUGAGAAAGCCCUUUGGGCUGAAAGUACGCAGGAAGGAAACCAACAAGUUGGUGUUUGACACCACUAUGGGGCCGCUGGUGUUUGCUGAUCAGUACCUGCAGAUUUCUGCCAGGCUGCCAUCCCAUAAUAUCUAUGGGCUGGGGGAACACGUCCAUCAAAACUAUCGCCAUGACACCAACUGGAGAACGUGGCCCCUAUUUGCCAGAGACUCGUUUCCUAAUGGGGGAACACACAACCUCUACGGGCACUAUCCAUUCUUUCUCUGCCUGGAAGAUGAGACUGGAAAGUCUUUUGGUGUCUUUUUGAUGAACAGCAAUGCUAUGGAGGUGACCCUCCAGCCUGCACCAGCCGUGACAUACAGAACCAUUGGUGGAGUUCUGGACUUCUACAUCCUGUUUGGAGACACACCAGAAGAGGUCGUCCAGGAGUUUGUUCUGCUGGUGGGGCGGCCAGUGAUCCCUCCCUAUUGGUCCCUGGGGUUCCAACUGUCCCGGUGGGACUACGGCAGUCUGGACGAGGUCAAGAGAACAGUGGAGAGGAACCGCGCCAUAGGUAUCCCAUAUGACAUCCAGUACACUGAUAUAGAUUACAUGGAGGAUAAGAAGGACUUCACUUAUGAUCUGGUUAAUUUCAAAGAGCUUCCUCAGUUUGCUGAUUAUCUCCAUGAGAAAGGACAGAGAUACAUUCUCAUAUUGGACCCUGCAGUGGCCACCAGUAGAAGGAUCAACGGGCCUUAUGAGUCAUAUGACAGAGGAACCCAGAAGAAAGCUUGGGUCACUGAAGAUGAUGGGACCACACCUUUAGUGGGAGAGGUUUGGCCGGGGGAGACGGUGUUCCCUGACUACACCAACCCUGGCUGCAUCGAGUGGUGGGAGGACGAGUACGAGAGGUUCUACAGGGAGGUCAAGCACGACGCCCUCUGGAUCGAUAUGAACGAGGUGGCAAACUUCAAGCAGGGCUCGAACAAAGGCUGUGCUGACAACAACCUCAACUACCCUCCUUACACCCCCAGGAUUCUGGAUGACCUGAUGUACAGCAAAACUCUGUGCAUGGACGCCAAACAGACUUGGGGCAACCACUACGAUGUCCACAGUCUCUAUGGCUACUCCAUGGUGCUGGCUUCAGAGAAGGCUCUGAAGAGGGUGUUUGGGGGGAACCGGACCCUCAUGUUGACCCGUUCCUCCUUCCCAGGAGUGGGUAAAUACGCGGGCCACUGGCUGGGCGACAACGCCGCCAACUGGAACGACAUCAAAUGGGCCAUCCCUGGCAUGCUGGAGUUCAGCCUGUUUGGCGUUCCCUACAUCGGGGCAGACAUCUGCGGUUUCUUUGAUGAACCAUCGGAGGAGUUGUGUCGCAGGUGGAUGCAGGUGGGGGCUUUCUACCCCUUCAGCAGGAACCACAACGCCCAAGGUUACAAGCCCCAAGACCCUGCAAUAUAUGGUGCCAAUUCCAGACUGGUGGAAUCAUCCAGGCGCUACCUAAACAUCCGUUACACCCUGCUCCCUUACCUCUACACCUUGUUCUACAAGGCCCACACCACAGGAGAAACUGUCGUCAGGCCGGUGAUGAAUGAGUUCUACUCAGACAGUAACACCUGGACUGUGGAUCGCCAGUUUCUCUGGGGGAAACAUCUGCUCAUCACUCCUGUACUAGACCCGGGGGUGGAACAUGUCAGAGCCUACAUUCCAGACUCUGUGUGGUACGACUACGAGACGAUGGAGAAGGUGACAGCACGCAGGCAGCAUGUUGAUAUGUACCUGCCCGCGGACAAGCUUGGUUUAAACAUCAGAGGUGGAGCAAUUCUUCCUACUCAGAAACCUGAUGUCACCACCACAUACAGCCGGCGAAACCCCAUGGGUUUGAUCGUGGCUCUCGAUGACAAUAAUCAAGCAGCAGGAGAGCUAUUCUGGGAUGAUGGAGACUCUCGAGAAACUGUUGAAUCGGGCAAUCACAUCCACUACCAGUUCUCCGUGGUUUAUGGCAUACUGACCAUGCAAGUGAUGCAUUCUGGGUACAAGGACCCCAACAACCUGGUGUUUGAGAACAUCACUGUUCUGGGUGUAUCAGCCCCACCCCUUUCUGUUUCUGUAGUCCACAACAACAACACCACCCAACUGCCUGCUGCAAACUUCCAGUACGACACAGCCAAGAAGGUGCUGUCCCUGCGGGGCCUGGCUCUGCAGCUGGGUGAGACGUAUAAAGUCAACUGGGACCAGGUCCAGGCUGACCACCAGCGCUUCGACUGUUACCCCGAGGAGGGCAGCGACGAGGCCAAGUGUCGGUCCAGGGGAUGCAUCUGGAGGCCUUCCCACAUAGACCGUGUUCCAUGGUGUUACUACCCGGAAGACUACGGCUACACCACCUCCACGGUCACCAGAACGAGGAUGGGACUGACCCUUGACCUCACCCGCAACCCCAUGUAUCGUAGCAGCGGCCGGCCAGACUCCCCCGACAUCGACAAGCUCCGCGUGGAGAUACGUUAUCUCAGUUCCUACCUGCUCAAGUUCAAGAUCUACGACCCUGCUAACAAACGGUUUGAGGUUCCUGUGCUCUCCGUGCCCCCAAAUCCGGAAACGGACGAGGCCAACAGACUCUACAAGGUGGAGCUCAACGCUAACCCCUUUGGCAUACGGGUCUACAGGAAGAGCACAGGCACCAAAAUUUGGGACUCGGCAGUGCCAGGCUUCACCUUCUCGGAUAUGUUUAUCCAGAUCUCCACCCGCCUGCCGUCUGAGUACGUCUACGGCUUUGGGGAGACGGAGCACAACACCUACAGGCACAACCUUAACUACAACACCUGGGGAAUGUUCGCCAAGGAUCAGCCCCCUGGGUAUAAGAUGAACUGUUAUGGGGUCCAUCCAUUCUACAUGGGACUGGAGCCCUCUGCCCACGCACACGGAGUUCUGCUUCUCAACAGCAACGCCAUGGACGUGACAUUCCAGCCCACCCCAGCACUCACCUACCGGACAAUUGGGGGCAUCUUGGACUUCUACAUGGUCCUGGGACCCACCCCAGAACUCGUGGUCCAGGAGUACACUGCGCUCAUUGGCCGUCCCGUGCUCCCUGCCUAUUGGUCCCUAGGGUUCCAGCUCUGUCGCUAUGGAUACGCCAAUGACACAGAGAUAGCAGACCUCUACAGAGACAUGGUUGCAGCAGGCAUUCCCUAUGAUGUGCAGUAUGCAGACAUCGACUACAUGGAGCGGCAGCUAGACUUUGUCCUGGACAGCCAGUUCUUGGGUCUGCCAGCCCUGGUGGACCGCAUGAGGGCAGAGGGCAUGAGGUUCAUCUUCAUACUGGACCCCGCCAUCUCAGGAAACGAGACCAUCUACCCCGCCUUUGAGCGUGGCAUCACCGACAACGUCUUCAUCCGAUGGCCCAUGGAACUUGGCAAUGAAAUCGUCUGGGGAAAGGUGUGGCCUGAUUUCCCUAAUGUCACUGUCAACGAGUCUCUCGACUGGGAAACCCAAGUUCAGAAGUACAGGUCCUUCGCAGCCUUCCCUGACUUCUUCCGGAUCCAGACUGAAGUGUGGUGGCAGCGGGAGAUUGAAGAGUUCUACAACAACACCAUGAAGUUUGACGGGAUCUGGAUUGACAUGAAUGAGCCUGCUAGUUUUGUCCAUGGAACAGCGGGAGAGGUCUGUAAGGGAAACCAACUCUUGGAACGGCCUCCCUAUAUGCCACCUCUGGAGUCAAAGGAAAGGGGUCUGAACCACAAGACUCUGUGUAUGAACAGUGAACAGUUCCUGAGGGAUGGCACUCCAGUCAAACACUUUGAUGUCCACAACCUCUAUGGAUGGUCCCACACCAAACCCACCUAUGAUGCCCUCCUGAAGGUGACAGGGAAGAGGGGCAUUGUGGUGACCCGGUCAACGUAUCCAUCCUCAGGAAAAUGGUCGGGUCAUUGGCUAGGAGACAACAAUGCCAGCUGGGAUCAGCUCUUCAAAUCCAUUAUAGGCAUGAUGGAGUUCAGUUUGUUUGGCAUUCCUUAUACUGGAGCAGACAUUUGUGGCUUCUUCAACCAUGCUGAUUAUGAGAUGUGUCUUCGCUGGAUGCAGCUCGGAGCUUUCUACCCAUACUCCCGCAACCACAACGGCAAGGGCAACCCUAGACAAGACCCGGUUGCCUGGGAUGAUGCAUUUUCUGAGGCUUCUCGUGACGUGUUAAACAUCCGCUACACACUCCUUCCCUACCUCUACACACUCAUGUUUGAAGCUCACACACAAGGAAGCACUGUGGUUCGACCACUGCUGCAUGAGUUUGUGAAUGACAGACAGACCUGGGACAUCCAUAAGCAGUUCCUCUGGGGUCCAGCUCUACUUAUUACCCCUGCUCUGGAUCUGGGGGUCAGGGAGGUGAAGGGAUACGUCCCCGAUGCUCGUUGGUAUGACUUCCACACGGCAACAGAUGUGAAGAUAAGGGGCCAGAUGGUAACCAUGCCAACCCCUCUUAACCACAUCAACCUUCAUGUGAGGGGAGGCUGUAUCCUCCCCUGGCAGAAACCAGAGAACAACACAUUCUACAGUCGGAGGAAUCCUUUAGGGCUAAUCGUUGCCCUGAGCGACAGUGGGACAGCUCAAGGUUCACUGUUCUGGGAUGAUGGUGAGGGGAUUGACACCUAUGAGAAGGGUCAGUACCUGCUCACCUCUUUCACAGCCUCCUCGAACACCCUCUCCAGUCGGGUGGUCCACCAGGGCUUGUCCCCGGCUGACCGGCUGGUCCUGGGCCAGGUCAAGGUGUGGGGGUCUGGGGCUGUGCCCAUCACGGAGGUCAUACUGCAGGACGAGACGGGCAUUGCACAAAAUCUGACCCACAAGCACAACACCACCACGCAGGAGCUGAUCGCAGAUGCCAGCACCAAACCUGUCUUCGUUGACCAGGUGUUUACCAUCACCUGGAAGACCAGCGUCAGACAGCGGACGCCUCAGUAGAAUGCUGUCGACCAAUCAGCCUGGGAGUGGGAGUGGCCUUCAAACACGCCACCGUGUCACUGAGAAUGUGCUGGAAUGGUAUAAGUCUGUAAUCAAGAGGCUGUUUUUAUGAGCUCCAUUUUCGACGCUGUCGCUGGGCAAGCUGCUGUGCUGGCUUUGGGGACAUGCUCGUCCAGCUUUGUUGAAGAGCGUUUCUGUUUCUCACUGUGGAUCGUGUGAUGUAAAUAAA